AUGCCUCUACACGUGCAGAGUCCUGAUGGCGAAGAGACCGCCGGCCAGCGAAAGGACCAUUUCGAAGCCAUGCGAAACCGCGUCCCACGCUACCUCUUCCGCGCCUUCGACGAAUCCAGCGGCGGCGGCCGCGAAUGCUCCGUCAUCAACGCAACCGAGAUCAUACCCCGAGGCUACAUGAACGGCAGGCAAGUCACCGGGUUUUACAAAAGACAGGAGAAAGAACUGCAUGCCAUGGCGCAAGCCCACUUCUCCGCCGACGAAGACGUUCUGACAGAGUUUAGCUCGUGGGCUGCUUCUCUUCACACGGUUCUUUGCUAUGCGUAUACUUGUUCUCUGGAGUAUAGCGAUGUUCACGUUGCUGUGAUUGAUCGCGAGAAGCUGGAUGGCGAGGUGAGGAUCUGGUGGGUGCCGCAUCUUUUGGAUCCGGGUGAGUAUCAUGGCGAGCAUGAGUAUUUGGCUCAUGGGUGUAUUCGGGGGGAAGGAUAUAAGGCGGUGCCUUUUAGGAAUCUGAUGGAUGGUGGGCUUUGCCCUACUGUCUUUCCUGAACUCACGGGUUGGGGGAAGGGGAGGUCUCCCGACUUCGGCGACGGAUUGAGAGACAAGAUGUUUGGGGAGGAGUUGGUCGGAUACUACGACUAUCAGACUGAACGUAUCAAGCAAAUAGGCAAGUUGUUUGGAGACCUUGCUUUGCCAGUUAUGCUCGCGUUGUUGACUCUGAGGCCGCGAUACCUUGCUCGAGCUUCCGUACUGGUCAAUAAUGCGGAAACGGCGCAUUCGGAUUUCAUGGACUGGCUGCUUACUUCGCUGGACAUCCAACCCCUUGAAUUCGUUCCCGAAGAGGAAGAUUAG